AUGUUCAAACGUCCGUCCUGUUUACAAGCACGCCGGCAUAGUGAUGCCGGCGCUGAUUGGUCCGCGUUUCCUAUCCGCCAGCUUUUUGUGCUAGCACUAUGCCGCAUCUGUGAACCGAUUGCGUUUAUGUCCAUUUUCCCAUAUGUCUAUCAUAUGGUCGAGUCGUUCCACGUGACAGAUAAUGACCGGAAAAUUGCUCUCUACGCGGGCAUGAUCACAUCGUCCUUCACAUUCGCUGAGUUCUCCGCGGGCAUGUUCUGGGGUCGCAUGAGCGACAAGAUUGGCCGGAAGCCCGUUCUUAUUAUGGGCCUGAUCGGAACCGCCAUCAGUAUGAUUGCGUUCGGAUUCGCCCCAAACCUGGCUACGGCGAUGAUUGCUCGGGCUUUGGGAGGUUUGCUGAACGGGAACAUUGGUGUGCUCCAGACAACUGUGGCGGAGAUUGUGACUGUCAAGGAGCACCAGCCUCGGGCGUACUCGAUCAUGCCUUUUGUCUGGUGCUUGGGAUCCAUCAUUGGGCCCGCGAUGGGCGGUGCGUUGGCAAAGCCCUGCGACAACUACCCCUGGCUCUUCCAGCGCAACACCCUUCUGGAUCGCUUCCCGUUCCUUUUGCCCAACCUGGUCUGUGUGGUCGUCUUGAUCAUCGGUAUCGUCGUUGGGUUUCUGUUCUUGGAGGAAACCCACCCGGAGAAGAAGUUCCGCCGCGAUGUUGGGUUGGAGCUCGGUAACUUGCUGGUGGCGCGAUGCAUGGGAUCCCGUGUCCAGCUUGAUGAGGAGAAGGAUGUGAAGAUUGACUUGAGUGCAUCCGAAUACUUUGACUACGACGACGUUCCUCCCCCGGAGUACAGAAGCACCGAAUCCUCGCCUCGCCUGUCCCCUGUCAAAGAGACCGACAACCUUGCGGUUGAUGACGACAUUGAAAGCCAGAUGAAGAACCAGAAGCCGCCCAAGGCAUUUACGAGACAGGUUGUGUUCAACAUUAUCGCCUAUGGAAUUCUCGCAUACCACAGCGUCUCCUUCGACCAGCUGAUGCCUGUUUUCCUGAGCACACCCAAAUCGACCGACCAUGUCACUCUUCCCUUCAAAUUUACUGGGGGUCUGGGUCUUCCCACAAAGACCAUCGGCUUUAUGCUUGCGGUUCAGGGCGUUUAUUCGAUGAUCGCCCAGCUCUGGCUGUUUCCCUUUGUUGUCCGCCAUUUCGGUACUCUGCGAACCUUCCGCUUCGUCCUACUUGUCUGGCCACCUCUCUACCUGGCAGUACCGUACCUGAUUCUGCUCCCGGAAUUCCUCCAGACGACCGCCGUCUACGUGGCUCUGAUCAGCAAAAUCACGUUUCAUGUCAUUGCCUUCCCUUCUACCGCCAUCCUGCUGGCCAAUGCCGCCCCCUCCUCGAAAGUUCUUGGCUCCAUCAACGGCGCAGCCGCAUCAACCGCCAGUCUAAGCCGUGCCUUCGGUCCUACGGUCACUGGACUUCUUCACUCCAAGGGUCUCGAAAGCGGGUACUCCGUUCUGGCAUGGUGGGCCUGCGGUCUGGUGUGCGUCAUCGGUGCCAUCGAGAGCUUCUGGAUGGAGGAGAGUGAGGUGCAGGGACGCGCCGAGACGAAAUCCGAGGCUACCAACUUGGAUGGCGAGCAAGAGACCUUGCGGGGCCCAUACACCGCUGGCAAGGAGGACGCUACUGCGGAAGAAGUGCGGAGAUUGCUGUCUUCCACCCGGACUAGCAUGGAUGACGCCGAGAUCCCCAAUGUCGAUUUGACACAAGUCUUGCCGAAGUCUGAGCGCGACUGA